GCCGCCAAUGGCUCUUUGAACACCUAGACUGUUCCGCAAUCUUACACACGUCUCUCUCACUCUCCCUCGCAUUUUCGCCUGCCGCGCUUCCCAAUAGUCCACUGCCGGCUACCUCGCCGUCCGAUCCCCUCGCUGGACCGCCGUCAUCAUGACAAACCUGUUCGGCUCCAGUAACACCACGGUGACCGAGAAGCGAACCUUUACAGGCCAGCCAGUGUCGGGAAACAAGCAGAUGUCUGGCUCAAAUAGCCAGGUCGGGCAAAAGAUCAAGAAUUUCUUCCGCAUCAACAGCCAUGGCGCUGAUGCCAAGGACCGCAAGCAGUCCGACGACACCCAUUCCUCCACGCGGAACGGUCACAAAGCGAGCUUCCGCCAGUCCUUCCUCCCUCAUAUCGGCCGCAAUCGCUCGGCCACUGUAGCUAGCGAAGGGAAUCCUUUGGAUGACGGGGUCUCCCCGACCGCCCACGCAAAUCCUUACUUUCAACAUCAGGGUCCUCCCGCCCUUCGUCACCACAACGAGGGUAGUGUUCCUCCGUCGCCGCCUGAUAGCCCCUCGGUACCCAUCAUCGAAGGAGAUGCUGCAGCUGGAGCCAACGACCAAGCGACCGUGGCUGGAAAGGAGGAAUUGGCCCGGAAGCUGCGAAGGGUAGCCUCGGCUCCAAAUGCACAAGGUCUCUUCGCGUCAGGCAAGAAUAAUGAUAGGCCGCAAACCGCUGAGCUCGGCAAGGAGCCUCUGGUGCAGGAUGCCAACUCGUCAACGUUGAGCAUGGUCGAGUCGGAAUCGGCCGUCGAUUCCAACCGUCUGGUGCCCAUCGAUCCCUCCAAGGGCCUUCCCUCUCCCGGACAAAUACGCAACGCCGUCGCUUUCCGUAGGACAUAUAGCUCCAACUCGAUCAAGGUCCGAAAUGUGGAAGUGGGGCCCGGCAGUUUCGACAAGAUCAAGCUCAUCGGUAAGGGCGAUGUAGGCAAGGUCUAUCUUGUUAGGGAGAAGAAGUCGGGCAGACUCUACGCAAUGAAAGUGCUCAGUAAAAAGGAGAUGAUCAAGCGUAACAAGAUCAAACGAGCAUUGGCCGAACAGGAGAUUCUAGCCACCAGCAACCACCCCUUUAUUGUUACUCUAUACCACUCUUUCCAAUCAGAAGAGCAUCUCUAUCUGUGCAUGGAGUACUGCAGCGGUGGAGAAUUCUUCAGAGCUCUGCAAACGCGUCCCAACAAGUGUGUAGACGAGGAUGCGGCCAGAUUUUACGCAGCCGAGGUGACGGCAGCCCUUGAGUACCUGCAUUUGAUGGGCUUCAUCUACCGGGACCUCAAGCCUGAAAACAUUUUGCUGCAUCAGUCAGGCCAUAUCAUGUUGUCAGACUUCGAUUUGUCCAAACAGUCGGAUCCCGGAGGUCGCCCCACCAUGAUCAUCGGGCGGAACGGGACGUCGUCGACGAACCUUCCCACAAUCGAUACCAAGUCGUGUAUAGCGAAUUUCCGGACGAACUCAUUUGUAGGGACCGAGGAGUAUAUUGCACCAGAGGUCAUCAAAGGCUGUGGCCAUACCAGUGCCGUCGACUGGUGGACGUUAGGUAUCUUGAUCUACGAAAUGCUCUAUGGGACCACUCCGUUCAAGGGUAAGAACCGGAACGCAACUUUUGCAAACAUCCUACGCGACGACGUGCCCUUCCCAGAGGGGUCGGGAGCCCCGUCGGUAUCCAACCUGUGCAAAUCACUCAUACGCAAACUUCUUAUCAAGGAUGAGCUCCGGCGUCUUGGCUCUCGCGCCGGUGCGUCUGACGUGAAAGCCCACCCUUUUUUUCGCACGACGCAAUGGGCGCUCCUGCGCCACAUGAAACCGCCCAUAAUACCCCAUCAAGGCCGUGGUGUUGAAACGCCCAACUUCCGCAACGUAAAAGAAAGCGAAAGUGUCGAUAUCAGCGCAGCGAAAGCCAAGGGCGUCCCCCUGGAUUCUGGUCUGGCUACCCCCAUGGGCGAGGUUGCAGACCCCUUUGAGGAGUUCAACAGCGUCACCUUGCAUCACGACGGCGAUGACCAUGAUGCAAUUGACACCCAUUCUUAGGCCCAGUUCCAUCCCUGGAUGUGCAGACGGCACAUGCCGGUUUCUGCAACCAAGGCUUCUCGUUCUUUGUUUCUGGAGCAUUCAUUCCAUCAUCUGUUA